GCACUUCCUCGAAGUUGAUGCUCAUAUGACUACUUCAUAGCAAUGCGAGUUAUGUCUGCAGUAACUCUGACUCUCUUUUAUGCCGUAAUAUGUUGUUCCUUGACAGAAAAGCCACCAAAUGUUUCACCUCCAAACAUUAUUAUCAUGCUCAUGGAUGACAUGGGUUGGGGGGACUUGGGGGUGUUUGGCCAGCCCUCUAGAGAGACCCCCAACCUGGAUGCCAUGGCUGCUCAGGGCAUGCUGCUUCCAAAUUUCUACACUGCCAACCCGCUCUGUUCUCCAUCCAGAGCUGCACUUCUCACUGGGAGACUGCCUGUCAGAAACGGUUUCUACACCACUAAUGCCCACGCCAGAAACGCAUACACACCACAGGAGAUAGUGGGAGGAAUCUCUAAGGAUGAGAUUUUGUUACCCCAGAUGCUGAAGAAAAAGGGCUACGUCAGCAAGAUAGUUGGAAAGUGGCAUCUUGGCCACAGACCACAGUACCUGCCUCUGGAGAAUGGUUUUGAUGAAUGGUUUGGUGCACCAAACUGCCACUUUGGCCCCUACAACAACAGCAUCAGACCCAACAUCCCUGUUUACAACAAUUCUGAGAUGGUUGGCAGAUUCUAUGAAGACUUUAAGAUUGACAGGAAAACUGGAGAGUCCAACCUCACACAGAUCUACUUGUGGGAAGGUCUUGAUUUCAUACUCCGUCAGACUGAGGCCCAGCGGCCCUUCUUCCUCUACUGGGCAGCCGACGCCACUCACGCCCCUAUCUAUGCCUCCAAACAUUUCCUAGGGAAGAGCCAGCGAGGCCGGUAUGGUGAUGCAGUGAUGGAGCUAGACUACAGCGUCGGUCGGAUCUUGUCAGGGCUGCAGACUCUAGGCAUUGAAAAUAAUACCUUUGUCUUUUUUACCUCAGACAACGGAGCUGCUCUGAUGUCCGGCCCAAACGAAGCUGGCAGCAAUGGGCCAUUCCUCUGCGGGAAGGAGACCACCUUUGAAGGGGGCAUGAGGGAGCCUGCCAUUGCCUGGUGGCCUGGACACAUCAAAGAAGGCACGGUGAGUUUCCAGUUGGCCAAUGUGAUGGACCUGUUCACCACCAGUCUGGCUCUGGCUGGCAUCAGCCCUCCUGAUGAUAGGACUCUUGAUGGACUGGACCUGACAUCAGUCCUGCUAAACCCCUCACAAACACUCCAAAACAGGCCAAUCUUCUACUACCGUGGGAAUGAGCUGAUGGCUGUGAGGCUUGGACAAUACAAGGCACACUACUGGACCUGGAGCAACUCAUGGGAGGAGUUGAAAAGCGGUGUCAACUUCUGUCCAGGUCAGGAGGUCCCAGGUGUGACUACUCACGAUCAAAAAGAGCACACAAUGCAGCCAAUCAUUUUUCACCUGGGUCGGGAUCCUGGGGAAAAGUUCCCUAUCAGGUCUGCCUCUCGUAUUUUGCUCUGGCCUUAUCUCCUCUUCGCCUCCUGCUCGAACUCCUUUCAGUUCUGAAGUGAGAUUGGAUGAUAAAACAUUAAUGUUGUUUUUCAGUUGCCCACCUUUUAGCCUCGCUAUUCACAUGGAAGAAUAAUAAUAAAAAAAAAAAUCCAAUCAAUAUGCAGCCGUGUGUUGUGCUGAGUGCCAGAUGUUCGCACAUACUCGAACCAAAAAUGCACACUCCUUUUUUACUGGGGUCAUUGAGUUUGUCUGCAAGGUCACACACAUACACUGCUUCAUGCACUGUUCUUCUUCUGUCCUCUCUCAUCUGCACUAUUGAGUCCACUUCCUCCAAACACGUUCCUUGUUACAUUUCUCUGUCCACCUACUACUGGGCACCUCUGCUCACUUCUCAAAACUCAGCUGCUGUCUUUUUGCAUCCACUGGGACCAUUGGAUGUGUGUGUGUGUGUGUGUGUGUGUGUGUGUGUGUGUACACACAUGUGUAUGUGUGCGUUUUGUCCGUGUGCUCCUCGGUCCCCCAGCUGGACUAGCUGCCUGGCCAUCAUUAAUCUCUGUCUGCACCUAAAGAGCCACUUAAGAUGAUGUAGGGCCUGUCUGCACACAUACCUUCACUACUGUCGCAGCCUGUGAUAUAGCAAAGAGCACACACACACAUAGACAUUCCCCAGUCCAGAACAGUCACCCAGCAAAACAGCAUCGAUUCUUAUUAUGCAAUCAAGGGAGAAUUUGGAAAGAAACUACUUUCUAGUUGUCAUAUAACUGAUUACAAACAGAGGCAUUAUUUGAGGCAAAUUUGAUUGGAGUUGAAGGAUAUGUUGGUGGCCCAUCUUCCCUAGAUGAAUGACCCAACUUGGUCUGCGUCCACAACACAGUCCCACUGGAUUUGUUCAAAGCCUUUUGCCGCCAUCCACUCCGCCCUCCAUCUCUGUGACCUAAGACUGUGAGGUUAACACAUCCUACUUUCUCACUGCCUGUGCCUCAGCUCACGUCCCCAGAUCCCCGAUCAUCCAGGGUGUAGUCCCAGCCCUAACACUGCAGGCAGCCAGCCCUUCACAGUCUGGCCUCAUCUGCUGCCUGCCACCAAGCUCUUGUGUCCCCAAUCAAUAGUCCUUACUGAAGUGCUCAAUUUCCACCGGGGUGGAGAAGAUGGUGGAGGGGAGGUGUAGGCAGGACAGAUGUAUUUGAUUGUCUCUCAAUUCCCCCACCUUCUGCUACUGUGCGGUUGUUUGUGUGUGUGUGUGUGUGUGUGUGUGUGUGUGUGUGUGUGUGUGUGUUCCAGCAAUAGUGUUAUGAAUCAGUAAUCAGAGUGGUGACACACCUGAGCAAUGCCCCCAUCCCCCUUGGGUGCCAUACAUUAUAAAUCAAAAGACUCCAUUUGCAUACAGCCUGCUUAUUAUUCCAGAAUUUGUCUCUACACCAGUGGGCUAAGGGUUAUAAUCAUGAUAAUGAGCUGUGCUGACUGUGGGCUUUUUAUUAUUUGUUUGCAGAGGGGGCACAAACAAAUGAUAUUAUUAGUUUUUGAUUUAGAGGUCUGCACUGGAAGAUUUUCAGUGCAUAGACAAAACAAUAGAAAGUCUUGUGCAAGUUUCUCAAUACAUGGCAUGCUUUGCUUGCAGACUUGUGUUGAGAACAUGCUGAUAAAUCUCCUUUACAUUUACUUCUAUUAAGUUGCUUCAUCACUUAUCACAAAAUGAAUCGCAACAAUGAGCACAGAUAGUAGGGGAAUGAAAUAUCCCUCUCGCUGAUGCUCGGGCAAAAGCAGAAUUUGUGAUUUUAGAUAGCUGAAGCAAUUUAAUCUGAAUGUCUGAUUUUGAACCGAGGGGAAUAAUCCGGUUUUUCCCUAUCAGCUGGGGUCACAAUGCGUAGAUAGUUAGCUUAUGACGAAUGUGGCACACCAGGAGAGAGACUAAUUGCAGCCAGUGCACUACCAGUCGAGUAAUUGUAGGGGAAAGUAAAGACUGAGAGUAUCAAGGAAAGGAGCAGGUGUUGGCUGAUGGAGGAAGCCUUGCUUCCCUGUGGGAGAUCUAAGAGGGAGGGUAGGUGUGAGCUGGACAAGGCCUGGGGUUAUUACUCUAAUUGACACUUCACCUCACACACAUGCACAUGUUCCCCAGGGGCCAAUCAGAGGGUUGGGUUUGCAGUGGAGGGAGGAUGGAAGGCUGGCACAGGUGCUGCUGGCGAGUGUAUCAGGGGUGUAAUUGCACUGCUGAUAUUUGUCUGUCCGUGUGUCACACCACCAGACGCCCACUCCCCCAACACACACACACACACACAGCCCAUUAACCCUACAGGUCCUAUUGAGAGUAGCGUUCCUUUGAAAGCCUUCAGGGUCCCUGUGUUUUACACACUGAAUAUAAUAAUGCACAGAGGUGCUCAGGCUCGCUGGUGUCCAACAGCAGUAAUUGAGAGACAGGGGAUGGGAUAGGGGUUACAUAGUUCACCCUGCUCAGUGCGCUUUCCCAAAGGGUGCUUGAGUGGACAGCCAGUGUGUGUGUGUGUGUGUUUUCGUGUGUGUGUGUGUGUGUGUGUUUAUGUUUGUGUUGUUGAAAGCUACAGCAUGUCCCCACUCUGAUAUAAUGAGCAAAGCUUGUACUGGAUACAUGUGCACAAAGCAUUUACUGCACACAUACACAGUGUGUAAGUGCGUAUUCAUAUGUGCGGUUGUGUGUUAGGCUUUUCAGUUUAAAGUAAAACAACUGAAACAGAUGGGCAAAACUGACUUGUGUUGAUGUGGGAAUGCUCUAUGCAUUAAUAUAUAGGGAAACAAGAGCUGUAAACAUGUGUCUAUAUAUAUAUAUAUAUGUAUGUGUGAAAGUGUGUGUAUGUAUAUAUAUGUAUGUUUGUGACCAGCAGAUCCAUUCAAACUCAUUCGGUGUCAUCUUUGUUGUUGUUUAAGCCAUUGUUUCACUUUUUUAUUAAAAACUUUAAAUUUUGAUUGUUUUAAUUCAGGUAUUUUAAAUUUGUGAGCCUUUCACUGAAAAAGAUUAAGUGAAGAAAAUGUUUAAAUUGAGAUAAAGAUAAUUGACUAUUUUAGAAACUGAUUCAUUGUUAAAGUCAUUUUUCAAGCAAAAAUGUCAAAAAGCCGUUGGUUGUAGCUUCUUAAAUGUUAGGAGUCACUGCCUGGUUUUGUCAUGUAUCAUUGUGAAUUUUAUAUCUUUGGGCUUUGGA